AAUCUGCCCAAACGCAGUUCUUGUUCAGUAACUUCCUCUGAGGCAAAGCCGAGACUCAAGUGUGCACCUGCUUGGGUGGAACGUGGCUCUGCCGGGGCUGUUUUCACCGAGUUUGGAGCUAACAAUAGUAACGGGAAAGUUUCCAGGGAAACCAGGACCACUUCCAACAUCUCCAUGCCAGGCUGCCUGGGGUCCCCGUCCUUCGGGGAGCCUGAUGCUUCUGCCUGAUUGGCUCCCUCCUGCAGGUGUCGCCCGGCCUGGGCUGGGCCGUCCUCUUCCCGGCCCGGGUCUCACACACGGGUCUCAAAUGCGUUGUACCCUGUGGCAGACCAGCUGGUUCCAGUCUAGAACCAGGUCUUUUGACUCCUCCCAGAAACCAACCAACUUGCGAGCCGGAAAUCCUGCCCCUCCUCAAAGAGUGGGAAACCACAGAGGAAGAGAGAUGAGACAGAAGGAUAGAGAGGAGGAGGGAAGACAACAGGAAACAGGCAGCCAAUAAAAAGGAGCCGCAUUGAUCGGAAGCCUCAAGGGCCCCCUGAGCCAGGUCCCUGUCUGAUGGCGCUUAUGAAAAAAUACCUCCUCCCCAUUCUGGUGCUCUUCUUGGGCUACUACUAUUCUACAAAAGAAGAGUUCAGACCAGAAAUGCUCCAAGGGAAGAAAGUGAUUGUCACGGGGGCCAGCAAAGGGAUCGGGAGAGAAAUGGCAUAUCAUCUGUCAACGAUGGGAGCCCAUGUGGUAUUGACUGCGAGGUCUGAGGAAGGUCUCCAGAAGGUGGUGUCUCGCUGCCUUGAACUUGGAGCAGCCUCUGCUCACUACAUUGCUGGCACCAUGGAAGACAUGACGUUUGCAGAGCAAUUUGUUCUCAAAGCAGGAAAGCUCAUGGGUGGACUGGACAUGCUCAUUCUCAACCACAUCACUUAUGCCCCUAUGACUUUCUACCACAAUGAUAUCCACUCUUUGCGAAAAAUCAUGGAGGUCAACUUCAUCAGCUACGUGGUCCUGAGCGUCGCUGCCUUGCCCAUGCUGAAGCAGAGCAAUGGCAGCAUUGUCGUCAUCUCCUCCACAGCCGGGAAAAUGGCCCAGCCAAUGGUGGCUCCCUACUCUGCAAGCAAGUUUGCUCUGGACGGGUUCUUUUCUACCAUUAGAGAAGAACACUUAUUGACUAAGGUCAACGUGUCCAUCACUCUCUGUGUUCUUGGCCUCAUAAAUACAGAAACAGCCAUGAAGGCAACCUCUGGUGUAUUAACUAUACAAGCUGCUCCCAAGGAGGAAUGCGCCCUGGAGAUCAUCAAAGGCGCAGCUCUGCGGAAAAAUGAGGUGUACUAUGGCACCUGGAGAUGGAGCCCUAUCCUACUUGGUAACCCAGGAAGGAGGAUCCUGGAAUUUUUUUCAAAAAAGAAUUAUAACUUAGAUUUGUAAGCAACUAGGAACUUCUGAGGCCUAGUAGAGGUCUUGGAACAGUUCUACCUGAUAUUUCUGUGAGCCCUACCCAUGAAAGCAUAUUCCCAGAGAUAUACAAAUCGUGGGGUACCCCUCAUCAUGAGAAGAAGUUCCUCUGACACUUGCACAGUGAAACCAUAAUUAUAAUAAAUGUCACGAACCACUCUGGA